AUGGGCAGUCCACCGCAAGAAUGGGACGUCUGGGAGUUCUCCAACGAAUCCGUGUUGCACAGCCCCCUCACUCCCGCCUCCCACCCUCUCAUCUUUUCCGCCCUCUUUAACCUCCGCACAUGGCUUUUCUCUGACCCCCUGGGUCUCCACACGCUCACCCACCUCACCUUUGGCCGCGACGCGAAUGUACCUUGGGAAUCAGCUGUGUUCGCUGAGCGAAGAGAUGCUAUUCGCCGUUGGCUACAUGACGACCCACCCAGAAUCGACUUUACCGACGACGGCACGGCCUCGAUUAGCGAUACCAUUCCUGGCAGCUCGCAGAAGCUUGUCCGCAUCAGAAUAGCGCGUUCUAUUCUAAGGGCUAUACUCAAACUGGAGGCCGGCAUAGAGCAUGAAGACGACGGUGACAUCUCUGCAGGGAUCCCACCCCAGCUCUGGAUUGUGCUUUUCCUGUUUGAGAGGACCAUCCUCCACGAGCUGGCCCAUGCUGCCCGAUGUUUAUUCUCUGUCCCCGCGAAACCACUCCAUGCGCGCGAUAGAGAAGAGUGUGGCUGGGAAAUGGAGGCCAUCACUGGUGGCGCCGUCCAUGUAUAUAUGACUGGCCAGGAAGGGGUACGCAACCUCGAGGGGUCACGCAUCAUCGGCCUGGCCCUGCAAACAGGGAGAAACCCUGAUGUUUGGCGCUGUGUUGACCUCAACCAGCGCGACCUGCUCAAAAAACUCGCAAGCGUCGACUGGCGCUACAUCGAGUGGGACCUCGCCCGAAUGCCCCAAACAGUCAAUUUUCACGCCACAUCCGUUAUCUGCAGUGGCGGGGAGGUCGCCACCCCAUGUAGCGUGUGGGCCAACCUCGAGGAAGGCUGCGCCAGGGCGUUCACACAAACAGAGUCUGUCGCAUCGCCGUCGCUGUCUCAUGUUUCUGCUGGAUUCAGUGACCUGUCGGUCACCCUUACCGAUCAGCGCGGGCGCGCGUAUGUCGUGCAUAGUCGAGAGGGAAGCAGCAGCCCUGCGUCUGCGACAGCGUGGCCCCCCGCGCGGAAGUGGGGCACAUCAUAG